GUUGUAAGAAUACAAUGAAAAGUGAAUAGAAAAGGAAGAUUGAAAGAAACGUUUUCCCCAAUGAGAACUCUUGAGGAUUCAAAGAAAAUGGAGAUUGGUAAAAGCUACUCGCUCAUCUUCGAUUCUGAAAUGAUUCGUCUUGACUGAAGAGAAUAAACCCCAUUUGGAAGAUGACUCUACAACAUUUACUUUCGGUUUACUGAGAAGUAUUUAUAAAAGCAUGAUUUCAUGUUCGCUUACUAACGCAAGUACCGAAUUGUUGCUUCUAAUAUUAAUAAAAAUAUCCAAUGGCUGCUCAAACUACCAAAUUAAUUCGUUCUGUUGAGAGAGAAAGGAUUGUGAUGCACAUUAAUGACGGUGACGGACGGCAUGUUUCAGCUUUUGGAUUUUAGAUUUUUUCUGGUUCAACCUCCUAUCUUCUUUUGAUUCAUAACGAAACCUAUUUUUCCCUUGCUUUUGUUUGUGAGGACGAAUUGGCACACUUGGUGGUGGAUCAUUUUGCGGAGUACUGAAUCCAUCUGCCAGUUCCUCUUCAUCUGGACCAUCAUUCUCAUCAUCUUCUGUAAUGGUAACGGAAACAUGCUUAUCUUCAUCUUCAUAUUCACGCGUAUGAGGUUCAUCGUCAUCUUCUAUUACGACCUUUUCUUCAGUUUCAGCACCGUCUGAACCUUCAUCUUCAGAACCAGGUUUUUCCAUUGUCCCCAUUAAUUCUCUGGAAAGUUGAAUUCGCUCUUCCAAUUGCUUUUUCCUCUGCUCUCGGACCUACAAAGAAAACCACAUGUUAAUAGUAAUUCGACAGGAAUUGGUUCAAAAGCAAUUCGUUUGUCUUACCAAUUUUCGCAUUUCACGUUUCUCUUCUCGUUGUUGUUUUUCUGUCAUAGCUUGUGCAUGCUUUUGACGCUCUACUUUUCGCUUGUGAAACCCAGUCAAAAAUUCCCUAAUGCGCGUUAAUCACCAUUCAAUCCUAUAAUCAUAUGGAGAAGCUUACUUUCUUUGCUCCUUGUCAAAAAUAAUUUCUUCCUGGUGUUGCUUACGUCCGCGUUUUUUAUCGUAGACGUUACCACCGCGUGUCAACAAAGCCGUAUUAUCCAUUCUUAAUCCUUAUUCACUAGUUUUUCAGCCUCCGAUAAAUCCUUUUCCUUUAUGUCCCUAGUUUAUUAAUACUCUGUGAUAUGCUAAUGGUAAAUACAUAAAAUGAUUAAAAAUCUACCCAGAUGCAUUACUCCUUAACUGUCUUUGCUUUUCGCUAUCUUCUUUACCGCCCUCAAUGGUUAUAUAUUUAGUGAUUAAUAGCAUUCUUUCUUUAGAACGCUUUUACAGAUUCUACCAUCGAGAAAUACACUAUAUUUAUCGACAUCGCUCUAACUCGUUGAAUACAAUCCUUGACACUAAAAAGAUACUUUGCACAGAACGAAACUGUUUUUGAGCCGGAUGUUUUGUUCAAUCAGUGGAGAAACGCCGAAAGAACCGGUUGUUUCACGGGUUAGCGGAAACAUAUAUGAACGACGCUUAAUAGAACAAGCAAUAAACGAAACUUCCAAGGAUCCUGUCACUCAGCAAGAGUGUACGCUAGAAGAUUUGGUUCCUGUAAAGGUACCCGAAUUUGUUAAACCUCGUCCUCCUUCCGCGACUUCAUUGCCAGCCUUACUUUCCCUGUUCCAGGAAGAAUGGGAUGCUUUAGCGCUGGAACAGUUUGAUUUACGGAAAAAAUUGAGCGAAACAAAACAAGAACUCUCGACGUCCCUUUAUUCGUUAGAUGCUGCUUUUAGAGUGAUUUCUCGGCUUACGAAGGAACGCGAUGAGGCCAGAGAAGCAUUGGCAAAAUUCUCUGACAAUAUUUCUUCUCUCUCUCAAUCGCAAGCUGAAAACCCUGAUGUAGAAAUGAAGGAUGGUAACGACGAUACAAAAGCAACCUUGCAAACUACGGUCGACGAAACCCUUAAGCAACUUUCCACAAAAAGAAAACAAACAAAAUUACAGCCUGCUUGGGCAACCCCAGAGGCUCUUGAAAAACUUGCAAAUAGUUCGCCGGUUCCCGUUUUACCUUCUGCUGAAAAGGACGUUAAUUCUUUAUUAAUCCCACGACCUGGUGGUGCAGGCGUUUCUCUUUGCUUGGUUGAUAAUCGGGUUACUCUAGUUGAAUGUUUUUCAAACAAGCCCCUAAAAUCCUUUGAUUCGUCUAUAUCUACAUGUUGCUGGUUAGAUGUUUCUAAAAUUGCUCUUAUGAAUUUUGAUACGAAGAUGAUUGAAGUUUAUGAUGUUCCUUCAGAUAUUGAAUCGAUCUCCGAACCUUCAUUUUCAAUCCCUGUCGAAAAUGAAACCGUAAUGUUAUUAUCUGCUCAUCCAAGUGGAAAGUACAUCGUUGCAUCUACGGAUACGACCUGUACUUUAUAUUCUAUGAAAGCAAGUGUCUAUUCUCUUAAUAUCCCGUCUAAGAUUACUGCGCUUUCUUUUCACCCAGAUGGACAUAUUUUUGCUGUUGGUUUAGAAAACGGUGAGAUUCGGUUCUUUGAGACAGUGAGUGGUGCUGAAGCAGCAAAAUUUGGUCCCCAAGAUGGUUCGAUUCAAUCCCUGCAAUUUGGCGAAAAUGGCUAUUGGCUGGCUGUGACAGCAGCAAAUGAAAACGGAAUCUCCAUUUGGCACUUAGGAAAAUCCAAGUUAGUUCAUAUGGUCCCGACAGACGCCAGUACGACCACAGCUGCAUUGGAUGUAACUUGCCAACUUAUGGCCUCUUCAGAUGACAAGUAUUUGUACAUUCAUUCAUUUGUUAAAGCCUCCAAGUCUUGGAACCUGGUGAGCAAGGUUGAGGCUUCUUUGGUUUCUAAAUUAGCUUGGAUGGAAGAUCCACACAAGCUAGUCUAUUCUACAAAUCAAGGUUCUGUUUGUCUUUUGGAAUAAGUAUUAAUUAAUAUGGCCUCUAUAAUAAAUACCACAUAGAGACUGCAAGUCAUCCAAACCGUGUUAGUAUAACAAAAUUAAACCUGUAGUUAAGUUCAAGGAAAAACA